AUUAAUUUAUUUGUAAAAGAAAAAGAAAAACCAUUUGCAUAAUACUGUUUCUUAACGACUCUCUCUCUCCCUCCAAUGAUUUGAUUUGAAGAUCCUUUCAGGAAUUAAUCCCAAGAAUCACAGUUCAUACUGUUUGGGGAUUGUAGCUGGCUAGGCAGUGACCAUUAUGAAGGAUAAGAAAAUGGGAUCAAUGAUAGCUCACUUUCUGCUUCUUGGCUGUCUAUUGUUCAGCUUUCUGGACAAUGCUUAUGCCGGUGUCACAAGCAGUUUUGUUCGUUCAGAGUGGCCAUCAGUUGACAUUCCUUUAGAUAAUGAAGUUUUUGCAAUUCCCAGUGGUUAUAAUGCACCACAACAGGUACACAUUACUCAAGGAGAUUAUGAUGGAAAAGCUGUAAUUAUAAUAUGGGUGACGCCUGAUGAACCAGGGUUGAACCAAGUAAGAUAUGGAACAUCAGAGAAAAAGUAUGACUUCACUGUACAAGGGUCAGAGGUGAAAAACUAUUCAUUUUACAACUACAACUCUGGCUAUCUUCAUCAGUGCCUUAUCAAUAACCUUGAGUAUGACACCAAGUACUAUUAUGAGAUUGGAGAAGGAGAUUCUGCUCGAUCGUUUUGGUUUCAAACACCUCCAAAAAUCGAUCCAAAUGCUUAUUAUAAAUUUGGAAUAAUAGGUGACUUGGGGCAAACAUAUAACUCUUUGUCCACUCUUGAACAUUACAUUCAGAGCGGAGCACAAACUGUGUUACAUGUUGGAGAUCUAUCUUAUGCUGACAGGUAUAAAUAUAAUGAUAUGGGUAUACGCUGGGAUUCAUAUGGUCGUUUUGUUGAAAAGAGUGCAGCAUAUCAACCAUGGAUAUGGACAGCAGGAAAUCAUGAGAUAGAAUAUGAGCCUUAUAUGAAUGAAGUCGUUCCAUUCAAACAGUAUCUCUAUAGAUACCCAACUCCCUAUUCAGCCAGUGAGAGCAGUAAUCCUCUGUGGUAUGCUGUCAGACGUGCAUCUGCUCAUAUAAUUGUGCUAUCCAGUUAUUCUCCUUUUGUAAAAUACACACCUCAGUAUAAGUGGCUUGAAGCGGAAUUUAAAAAAGUAGACAGGAAGAAGACACCUUGGCUUAUUGUUAUUAUGCAUGCCCCUAUAUACAACAGUAAUAGUGCUCACUACAUGGAGGGUGAAAGCAUGCGAGUUGCAUUUGAGAGUUGGUUUGUUCAGUACAGAGUUGACAUGGUAUUUGCUGGACAUGUACAUGCCUAUGAAAGAUCGUAUCGGAUCUCAAACAUACAUUACAAUAUAACCGGUGGAGUGAGUUAUCCCGUGCCAGACAAGUCAGCCCCAGUUUACAUUACCGUUGGAGAUGGAGGAAACCAAGAAGGUCUUGCUUCCAGAUUCAACGAUCCUCAGCCCGACUAUUCGGCAUUCCGGGAAGCCAGUUAUGGACAUUCUACGUUGGAGAUAAUGAAUAAAACACACGCUUUCUAUCACUGGAAUCGCAAUGACGAUGGAAAGAAAGUUGCAACCGACUCGUUUGUGUUGCACAACCAGUACUGGAACAAGAGUCUUCGGAGAAGGAAACUGAAGAAGAAUUAUCUGCAUACGAUCGUCCCAGCUCUUGAACUUAACAAUUUAUAAAGGUGAAGAUGCCUGUCUCUUAUACUUACUGAACAAAAUUUAUCUCCCGUUCCCCCUUAUGGUAGUCCCAAAUUUGUGAUAUCCAUGAAAUGAAGGUAUUGGGCAUUUGUUAUUGUCAAUAUGUAGCAAGUUAUUGUACCAUUUAAGUAAGAAGUUUGAAGAUUGGAUAUAACAUUUUAGCCAUGGAAAAUAAUGAUUCUGAAAGAUAUAUAGGUUGUUUAUGAUGGUA